AUGGCGUGUUUAACCAGAAACAGCAGCGGUCGCGGAACCAGUACAGCAAGAAAAUAAAAGUGUGUGUCCGCUGGUAUCUUUUUUGGAAGACAAUGCCCUCCUGUGGGAUCUUCUUUUGAGCUUUUAUGCCGUUUCUUAUCUGCCCUUUACUCUAGUGGUGACUAUGAGAAACGUCUCCCGCCUACCAGCUCUAGCACAUACGCACACACUCACGCGCGCGCGCAGCACUUCUAUGUUUGUCAGAGUCAAAUCCGAGGGAGAGGAGCUAGCCGCCAUUUUCUAAGCGUCUCUCCCUAAAACGAGAGAAAACGGCUCGCGGCAAACUGCCGUCUGGAUUACCUCUUCCUCACCGGGAAUCGGACUUUUCGGUAAAGGAUUGCCGUGAAAUCGCCUACGUUUGAAGUAAUUUGGAGUAGAAAGGACGGUUUCGCGGCCUUGCCCUUAUAUUCGGCGAGGCUAGCUGGCGAGUAAGGUGUAGCUCGUUGAUUCGCCCAUUGCUGUAUCCGGAACGAACCCGAGCGGCUCUGCGCUGUGGACCCGGGCCCCUUUUCCUCCGCUCUCUGGUUGCAUUUAUUAUUUUAUGGAUAUUAAUUGAUGGCUGAGUGAUCGAGUCAACGCGCCACAUUUUGUGCGUGUGUGUGCGUGUUAGCACCCUUGGAUUUUUUUCCACCAGAAACUGCAGGGGAUUGUUGCCGAAAUUCCCUCGGAUAGUGCAACCUCGUCACGUGGCUGUCCUCAGGUGGGGCAGUAAGCGGGUGGAGUGGAGCAGGCCGCGGUGCCCGUCCCUCUGCACUGCAUGGCUGCGAUGGCGCCCGCUCUCACCGACGCCCCAGCCGAAGCUCACCACAUCCGCUUCAAACUGGCUGCCCCAUCCUCGAGUCUCUCACCAGCCAGUGCAGAGAACAACGGUAACGCCAGCAACAUCCUCAUCCACAGCAGCGGCCCCGCCAAGUGCAAGGCCACCUCCGAAGAGUGUCCCCUCGACUAUUGUGGCGGAGGCGGUAACCAGGAACAGCAGCAGCCACAGGCCCAAUCUGACUCUGUGUCCCAGGCCUCUGCCCUGGGCAAACUCCAGCCACUUGUGGCUUCUUAUCUUUACCCGGAUGUGACACCUGUCCCUUCAACUAAGGAGUCAAUUAAGCUGCAAGGAGUCCUCAUUAAACAGUCUGUGCUGAAAAGCCACAGAAUACUGCCCAACUCUCUGCUCAACGGCAGCGGAGACUUCCUCAGGAAGAGGCAGGCGAUUGAACUGUCGGGCGGCCAGCUCAAAAGUCUCAUGAGUGGCGGCACCAACGGAAGCGGCCAGCCCAUGGCACCCGUCAACGGCCUGGCCAAGAAGCUGGCCACCAUGUCCAGCUCUGGCUGUGUGGUCGCGGUGAAUGGCGACAAGCCUCCCGCCGCCACCGACUCUCAGCCCCAGAACCUGCCCUUUGACUCUGAGACCUUGACGGCGACCUUAACAGGGCACAUCCCUUUGAAAGGAGCUCUCAAACGGAGGCAUUCCUCUGGGGUUUCUCAAAACACAGAUGGACAAAAUGUCGAACCACCAGUGCUUCAGUCAGCUGCACUUUCUCCCUUUACCAGCGGCAACCCUAACCCAGUUGAACAGGCGAAUUUGGAGGAAGCAGAUCCAGAUACGCCUACGAGUCAGCCACAGGGUUUUGAUGGAGAGCGGCCAGGCAGCAGUCAGCAGGGCUCACCGCCAUGUACGCCUGCACCUCCCAUACCCUGCAGUUCCUCCUCAGAUAGCCUCGACGUUCAUGUAAGAGAACGCACUCUCAUCAAUAGCAGCCGCCAGGCUGAGCUCGAGAGCCGACUGCGACGUUUGCACAAACGUCUUCAGGUGGUACAGGCAAAGCAGGUUGAGCGGCACAUUCAGCAGCAGCUGGGUGGCUUCUUGGACACGGCCUUGAAUCGGCUACUAGGCAGCAACCGGAAAUCAGAGACUGCAACCCCCACAGCUUCAUGGAGGACCGGGCGCCACUCGUCAAACAACCGGGACGGUCUGAGUCGUUUCCUGAAAAGUGGCUCGAUGCCCUUGGAGCUGGAGAGGUUGUAUUUGAGUGGCUCAGCCAACCUUCAUUCAGCAGAAAGCGCCUUUGACUCUGAUGUAACAGAGAGUAGCUCUGGAGGGGACUCUGACCUGGAGGAGGAGGAGCUGUCCCGAGUGGACAUUGAGCAGCGGCAUGUCAAAAUAUGGAAGCGAGCAGAGAGCCGCUACACCGUGGAGAGAGCUGCCAUCAUCAGCCACUGGAACUGGCUCCAGGCCCACAUCUCGGACUUGGAGUACCGCAUCCGGCAGCAGACGGACAUUUACAGACAGAUCCGCGCCAGCAAGGGCUCAGUAGAGCUGGGAGGUGUUUCGCCAAGUGGGGUGCUUGCAGGUGGGACAGAAGUAAAAGCAGAGCCUGUAAACACUCAGGACGCCGGUUCAGAACGUCUGGAGCACACGGGCACCGCCCAUAUCAGCAGCACAGAGCCGGGCCCUUGGAAAGGUCAAAACGGGCAGCCAGUCAACGGCGUCCUCAGCAGGAUGGCAGAGAGCACAGACGCCAAGCAUCAGCAGCCGUCGGCCUACGACAGCACAUGCGUGGCUGCACGUACGCGGCCGCUAAUCAGCUGCCGCCGGCGGCGACUCAUUCAGCCCAACACUGUGCCCAACCUUAACGGCAAGGCCCCGAGGAGCAGCUGCAUCCAGUGUAACUGCAGGGUUAACCCCACCUGUGUGAUGUGCGGUGGCUGGCCCACCCCCAGAGAGGACCCUCAGUACGAGCUGCCCACCUUGGAGCGCCUGUCAAGGCUGGAUCUUGGCGUCCAUCCCAUCCUCUCCUUCCCCGACGACGUUUGUAUAGGUCUGCGCCUGCAGCAGGUGAUGAAGAGCCAGUGGCAGACCAAGUCACUGGAGAGGAGCAAACCACUGAAGAAGCUCUCCCUCAAACACAAGCUCUCCUCAUCCAAAGAGAAGCACAAGUUCACCAACUCGCUCAUGGCAGUCAGUGUUGCAGGAUUGGGCCACAAGAGAAGCGCUGAGAAGUCGAGGACAGUUGACAGCAGCGUUGGCGGAGGCGGCGGCGGCAGCAGCGGCGUGAUGAACGCGGCCAGGCUGGAGGGCCAGGCUGUGUGCAAGACAGAGCGGCUGCAGGCCAUCUCGACCCCGUUAGGGCCGUACGACAAGAACUACAGCCGCAAGAGAAUAAGGGAGCACUCGCUGGAGAGAGCGGACUCCUCCCCCAAGCUCUUCAUGGACUCGAGCACCCCCUGCACGACUCUAGCCAACAUGCACUCGUCCCUGCACAGCCCCCUAACACGCCAGCUGUCCACAUCUUCAGAGAACUCUGUGCCGCUGGGCCUGAGCAGCCAGAGUGUCCCGAGCACGCCUCAGCAGCCAAUCAAGAGGAGGCGAGGUGAAAGCUCCUUCGACAUCAACAACAUAGUAAUCCCCAUGUCUGUGGCUGCCACCACCCGCGUGGAGAAGCUUCAGUACAAAGAGAUUCUCACGCCCAGCUGGCGGUGUGUGGACGCCUUCUCGCAGCCCAUAACCGAGGAGGAGAACGAACGCGAGGUGGAGGACCUGUCAGACGCAGCUUUCAUUCAGCUCCAUCAGGCCUAUGAGGACCAGGAGCGCACUCGCUGGACUUGGAGGGCCCUGGCUCCUGCUAAGAGGCGGGGCAGCAGGUCGUACAAGUCCGUGGACGGGCGCACCACACCUCUGCUGUGCGGGACCAACCCGCCCACCCCUCAGCCCGCGUCCCCCGACCCGGGCCACUGCCCAAUGCUGCAUGACUACAGCUACGUGCCGUCGCCCAUGAGUCCCGCCAGCCCCGACACCGCCUCCAACCCCCACACGCCCUGCUCGAGGGACUCCCACCGGCUCCUGUCCAGUGAGGACACGCGGUGCUCCACGCCAGACUUCACCUUCGAAGAGCGGACGGUGGCGCCGUGGGAACGCCGGUGCUUCCCCCUGCCCGAAGACCCAGCCCCAGAGCCCGAGUCUGAGAGCGACCACCAAGUCAGGCCCAGGAUGCGCAGCAUCUCAGGUUGCCGAGCGAUGGCCUACGGACGCCUCGAUUCGGAUGACGCAGAGCCGCCCCUUGACGACGAGAACAGUGGCGGCGCCCUAAAACACAAGUCCUCCACCCACCGAUGAAUGAGGGCCCCCCCCCACACACCCACACACACACAGCUCCUCUCUGGCAUUAACAAGCAGAACCUCAGCGCAGAAUAACAUUAAAUGGGUUCCUGUUGUUUGAUAUUCAAACAUCAGUCUAAUACUUUCACAGUUUUUAGUGAACAUUACGGAGAUAGAAGCCUUUCCCGACACUUGUUUUUUGUCACACGAAAGAAAAAAAAAAAAAAAGAUAAAUGUUUAAAAAAAAAAAAGUAUAAAAACAACACGUUACAAAAAAAUUUCUGUAGUAGGCUAAACAAUGUACAUGGGGGCUUAGUGGUGUUUCAUACGUCGCGUGUACACUCGUAGCGCACUAUGUAGCGGACUCCUCAAAAAUAUGGCCAAAGGGUUUUUUUUGUUUUUGUUUUUAUUGACUAGUUUGCUUGUAAUUCCCAUGUACAUUUUUAGUGGAGUGACAAAUAAAACAAUAAAAAAAGGAGAAAAAAAAUCAGCCCUUCCUCUUCCUCCGCCCCCUCAGACCUUCCUCAUCCAAAUAAAACUGAUACAUUUGAGAUGUGGUUCCCCCUCCUUCCACUAGAGGUCGCCUGAACUCACCAGAGCACUUCUUUAAACUGCCAAGUCUGGUUUGCUUCAUUAUGUUUUUUUCAUUCCUGACGUGUUUUUUGUUAGUUUUUCUCUCGUUCUGUUCUGACUCAUCCUCUUCUUUUUUGUGCGUUCCUUUUAAUAGUAAAUCAUUCCUUUUUUGAUCUCCCGCCGCUGCCUCUGUUUUCAGUUCAGCUUCACAGGGCAGCACAAACAGACGCGGCGUUUUUAAGUUUGUUUUUUAUUAGUGUUUUUUUUUUUUUCUUUUUAAAGCACUUACCCCUCAAAGCACCGCCGCUGCAUGUCAGCAAACACGCUUGCGUCCGAUCCCGACGGCACAAAGGCGUCCACUUAAUUUAAAAAAAGAAAAGAGGAAAUGGAAACGUCAAAUCGCAGCGCGGCAAACAAACCCCGCCCUCCCUCCUCUCACAUUUCACAUGUAGCAGCUCUCAGCUGAAGCCGCCCUGAGCUCAGGUUCUCCAAGGGAAAAAAUCUUCUGCUGCCCCCUCCGACCGAUCGAUCGAUCGAACGUCACACUCAGACCGGAUUUUAUUUUCACCACAUCCUCCAUAUAACCUCACACACUCCUCCUCCCUCCACCUUAAAGUAACUAAUUGCUAUGCAAAAAAAAUCUAUGGUUUUUCAUUUUACACCUUUUUAUCCCGCAGCCAUUCAGUCACUGUUUGUUUUUUUCUUUUUUUGUAGUUAAGCGAGAUGUCGAUGUACCUGUUUGAUUGUUGCAGCAGUUAUAACCUAAUCAAAAAGCUGAAUUGUUUUUUCUUUUUUUGUAAAUAGUACCAUUAAAACAUUUAUGUUUAACUUGG